AUGAGCUGGCGGAUCCGACACAAUUCGUACCACUGGCAGGGUCGCCAGGAUUCUUUUGAGGGGAUCGCAGGUGCCGUGUCCUGCACUUCGUUCGAGGCUCUGCACCCUGCGCGUCACCUCGCUGCUUUCAGCAUCCAGCUGCACCUCCUGCAAGGCCCGCCAAUCACGCGCCGCCAGUUGGACGCCGCGUCCUGGUUGCUUACGCGCAGGGAGCUGUGUGACGUCAUGAACGAGCGCGCUGCUGCAGGCUUGUGUGGUAACCCGCAGUGUACACGCACUGUAGAUGGAACUCUACGGAUAAUUUACGAAGCAACAGCGGGCUCGAGCAGGUUUUGCAGUGAGGGGUGUGAGGAGCGAGGUAGGGCGGCGAAUUUUUGCUUCCCCUUGGAGCAACGCGGGAGAGGGGUCGAAUGGGGAGGGGCUUGGAGCAGGGAUGAUUUAACUGCCAUCGUUACGGCUGUCACCACGCCUGACGGCGACGGCGCUUGCACUGACAGGGGCGCUGCUGCUUCUAUCAGUGGGUCUGGUCCGGCUGAAUCAGGGUCGGCCACAUCAGGUUCGGUUGUAUUAGGCUCGGCUGGGCCCCAGUGUGUGAGUGAAGGCAGCCCCAGCAGCGCACGAGGGGAGGCUGCUGCUCUGCUGUCAGCGCGACUGCAAUCUGCUGCCGCCCGCCUGUGGACUGCCGGCAUGGCUGGGGCGAGUGGCGUGGCAGGGGCGGGUGGCGCGGGAGGGAAGGGAGGAGGAGGGACAACGAGUGCUGGCGGCUUCCUGGGUUUGGUGCUCAUGGGCGGGGCUGGGGGAGAGGAAGGGAUGGAAGGGAUGGAAGGGAUGGUAGGAAUGCAGGGAACGGAGGGGAUGGAGGGGAUGGAGGGGAUGGAAGGGGGUGAAGAUGGGGAUGAAGAUGGGGAUGAAGAGUGGCAGAGCGGGAACGCAGAGAGCCUCAGGGGAGUGCGGGGCAAGAGGGAAGGCGGAAGGGGGCAGUGGACUGCAAGCACGAGUGCUGCCCCUCUUGAAGGGACGCUGCCUGCACCUGCAUGCACUCAUCCCCAGGAAAUUGAGCCAUGGCGACUCUCUCCUGCAAGUAAUGGCUUCAACUGGGCCUGCAGGGAGGCGGCGGGAGCGCCUCAGGGCAUUGCGUCAGCAGGCAGCAGCAGCGGUGGCAGCAACGGCUGUGGUGGCAGCAGUGGUGCCCCCGCCACGAGCGCCAGAGCUUGCGGUGCGCGCAGCUGUGGGUCGGGGCAGGAGCCACGUGAGGGCAGCAGCAGCAGAGGGACGCGAGAGGGCAGCAGCGCCUGUGGUGGCCCUCGUGACACGAGUACUGAGCUAGGAAGCGCCAGCGGACUGUGGUCCAACGACUGCAGCACCUGUGCCUCACAGCAAGGACUGGGGGAGGACAGCAAAGAGGCGAGCCGGUGGAGCGGCGGCGUGAGUGCUGCUUUUUGGGAGGCGCUGCUGUGUGAGAGGAGGGAUGCGAGGGGGGAUGCGAGCAGCAGGUGUGCUGGCAGUGACGUGGAUGAUCUGUGUCAUUGCUCUGGUGCAGUUGGAGAGGCAGCGGGUCUGGAGAGGAGGAGAGAGGGCCAAGGGAAGGAAGAGGAGCAGGGGUGUGAUGAGAUGGCGGAGCAGGCAGAGGGGGAAGACGCAGGGAAGCAAGGCAGUGAGGACGAGGGGGGACGAGAGGAAGGGGCCAGUGUAGAGGCGGUGGGAGUGGAGGGUGUGGGAGGGGAGGCGGUGUGGCAGCGGCUGAUGGCUCACCGGCCCACGCUACCAGCAAGGCAGGAGAGGGCAGCUUCCGGCUCUGCCUCGCAGUGUGUCGUGGGCGGAUGCACAGGGGAGGGCUCUCACAGAGGAGCUUCAGUUCUCCAGGCACGAUAG